CUAGGUAGUUAACCGUGUGGCGCAUUAGAGAACGGAGACUUCUAUGAGGUCGGUUAGAGAUGACGAACCUGAAAAUAUCGUGCACUAUAGUAUUAUGGAGCUGUCUUUUAAACAUAGCAUUUGGACAGCCACAUGAAGGGGAAUCGCAAAUGCUACCCGAUGAACGCAUGACUCUAGACGAUUGUCACCUGCGGUUUUACAAUUUUUGGCCGUUUGGUGGAGGUGGUGCCGGUGGAUUCCCGGCUCGAUCGAACGAGUUUGCUCACAUGGGAGCUAUCGGAUGGAUUCAGGCGGACGGUUCGAUGAAAUGGCAGUGCGGAGGGACACUGAUUUGGGACAACUUUGUUAUGACGGCGGCCCACUGUGUGGUCGAUAGCAACAAUCAAAAGCCCCAGGUCGUGCGUUUUGGAGACCUGAAUCUGUACACCACCGAUGGGGACGAAACGGCUCAGCAGAUCGAAAUUGCAGAAAUCAUUCGACAUCCGCUGCAUCGUUACGCGUCACAUUAUCAUGAUAUUGCCCUGCUGCGGCUCAAGGAAAGUGUUCAAAUAAAUCCUUCAGUUUGUCCAGCAUGCUUGUGGACCAGCGAUGAGGUCAGAUUUACCAAAUUAGAAGCUACUGGAUGGGGAAGCACAGGGUUUGGGGAAAAUGUUUCACCGAUACUGCUGAAAAUGACUCUUUCACCGGUGACCGAAUCCGAAUGCCGAGAUGUUUACGGGAACAAUACACACAGAAAACUGAAGUCCGGAAUCCAAGGUCACCAGAUAUGUGCCUGGGACGAAAAGGCGGACACUUGUGAGGGUGACUCCGGUGGUCCGCUACAGGUGAAGCUGAUGCAUGGCAUGAGGGUUACUCCUUUCGUAGUGGGCGUGACUUCGUUCGGUUUUCCUUGCGGUAGAUCCACGCCCGGUGUUUACACCCGAGUAUCAACGUACUUCGACUGGAUUAAACAAACUAUGGUAGAACGAAGGGCUCCGGUCGCAGGAGACAUUCUUAAUUCAACGAUGUGUACUUUGCGUUACGCUGAGCUAAGGGAUUUCUACGAUGGUGUUGUAACUAGCAGGAAUGGUAGCAAUGUAGAAUUAAAUGUUUUUCUCAGACAUAUCAAUGUAGCAAGAUCUAGACCUGGAUAUAUGGUACGUUUGGGUUGGCAAAAUGGAUCCGAACUGGACAACUGCUAUGGUAUUCUGGUUGAUGACGAAUAUGUGCUUACUUUAGCUAGUUGUGCGCAGGUUAAUGGCACCAAGGUGGAUCGAAUUGUCGAACCCAGGAAUUUGAAAUUAUCACAAGUGCAUAUCCAUCCACGCUACUCGGAAGGCUCUAGUUAUUUCAAUGUGGCUCUUCUAAAGCUGGAGAAUCUGUUAAAUUUUCAAAACAGUUGGGACCUAUCGAUGACCUGUAUGUGGCACGCUUACAAUUUGCCGGGUAAGGCGCUUACUGCAGUCGGAUUUGGGCGCACAGAUUUGAAUGAGCCUUUAUAUCCUGGGAAUUCGUUAGAACUAGAUCCUUCAAUCGGUGUAAUCGAAUCCGAAAAUACGAUUCAAAAUCGCAGCACCUGCAGACUUCCACCCAAAAACAUUCCUCGGAUGGAACACGGCCUAGCCCAUGAGCAUCUGUGCACCGGUAAUGAUUUCUUCCUGGUUCCGGAUGCGUGUGAGCUUCCUCCGGGAACGCCAUUGAAGGGAACGGAAUGGCGUAAUGAUAGACCUUACUCGAUGGUUUUCGCGAUAAAUCAACCGGGUAGCCGAGAUUGUGGCUUCGGGGAGCAUGCUCUCUCAACAAGAUUGUACGAUCAUCUGGAGUGGAUGAGGUUGGUGAUGUUGCCGGGCUAUCGAUCCCUGGAUGAGGUUCUACAGUACGUGGAGAAGGAUCUUUCCGAGGGGGAAGAGUGUGAAUUGGCUGGGGAAAAAGCAGGAAAGUGUGUACCAGUUGCCAAAUGUGUCGACAACUGGAGUGAAUUCUCGGCUCUCGGAAGCAUGUUGUUUUGCUCAUCCCUCGAGACUAUAUGCUGUCCCAACGAUGUUAUUGCGAGGAGGAAUGUUGUUGAACAACACGUUGAAAGUGAAAUUCGUGAGUGUCCAGCGUUAAUGCGGGGAUUUAAGCACGACUCUCUUUCCGUUGGAUCUCUGGCUAUCUUGGCUUUUGAAACAGAGGAUUCAUAUUACGAACUGGAAUGUUUUGGAGCCCUUAUAUCCAAACAGUUUCUGGUAACAACUGCCAGCUGUUUAUAUAACCGUAUUCCAGAUGCUAUACUUUUACAAGGGUUAGGAAACGAAAAUAAUGGCGUUGAACCGUUAUCAUUCGUCCAGCAUGAAAACUACGACCCAGAAACUGGAAGCUUCGAUAUCGCUUUGGUUAAAUUGAAGAACGAGCUGACGUGGAGCUCAGCCGUUUAUCCUGUUUGCCUAUGGAUGAAUCAAACACAUACUCCACUAGUUACCAGGCAGAUAUUUUUGAACUCUAAGGACAAAUUUGAAGCUGAACAUCUUCUAUCGAUGUAUAACACGGACUGCCAACGGUAUCAUCCGGAAUCGGCGUUUCCUCGUACUCGGAUGUGUGCCCGGGCACCUGGAGGAUUGAACAAUUGCAAAACCAUGGCGGCUGGUAUCCUGGCCGCACCAGAUAAGGAUGUUUCCUAUUUGAUAGGAAUGGAACAGGACGACGAUGGGUGCGUAAACACUACGCUCAUUAGUUUCAUGCGUAUCGCGCCCCUUGUAGGUUGGAUAGAAAAUCAAAUUAAGAAGAUGUGAGGACGAUUGCACUUCAUAUAACUCAAGAACCUAGAAUAGUAUGUCACCUUCAAUUUUAUUUGAAAAUAAGUAAGCUUGUACUGCCGUGAUAUGAGGAAGUGACGUACAUCCAUUUUUGAAGAUUUUGACCUUUUGAUUCCAUUUUGUGCGAUUUUAUAUGAACUUUUAAAUGCUUUAAAAAAUUUUGGAAAAUAUCAAACCAUUUUAAAAAUAUUCGGUAAAACCGAAACGGUAGAACUGCUGUUUACAUUCCAAAGAAAAAACACGCUUUUAUUGGCGAAAACGAAAACUGGAUGUUCGUCUCCUCGGCAGUAUGAAUUAUAAUUAUGAGAUUAUAAGUCAAACAUAUUUCUUUUAAUACACCUCAUACAAAAGGAAAGUUUCCACAGUUUGGGAGGAGCGUGGAGAACUCAGCUUCAAAUAUCAUUUAAAAAAAUUUCAUGAAAAACUAGCUGACCCAGUAAACUUCGUUUUACCUUCUUAAGUAUAAAUCGUAAUAAAUGAUUAAUUUUAUCUACACGUCCUUAACUGCAUCGUUCUCGCGAAUAGAAUCUUAUGAAAAUCGUAACAAAUAAAGUUGAAUUUGUAUUGGGAAAACUUUUCAUAAAAAGUGAGAUCCUUAACUAUUAUACAAACCAUAUCUGACCCAAAAACCCCUCGGAUACCAAAUUUCACUUCAUUCCGACCGACCAUUCAUACGUGAUGUUGUUACAAAGAAAAUGCCUCCAUUUUUAU